CAUUUUUCAUUCAUUUUUUUGGAGCCACCAAAUCACCCAAAAUUUAAUAUGUGGUGAUGUCGCGCUACCAGUACGCCGAUCACAUUUUGGAGGCCUUCAACGUGUUCCAUCGACCACUUCUGCUCGACGAGGUGGCUAGCUAUGUGGCCGAAAUGGAGGCCAAGGCCGUCGAUGAGGUGCGAUUGGCGGUGGAUAAUACGCUGACCGCCGGCUGGAUGCACGGCUUCCUCACCAUGAAGGAUGGCUUGUUUACGCUGAUCUGCGGCUAUUGGGACGAGGAGAAACCGGUGCAGGGCAAGAAAAGAGCACGCCACUCGACCAAACCGAUGUUGAGGAGCUCUUAGCCGGUUCUCUAUCAAAAAUCACCU